AUGCUGAUUACGGCGCCCGUGAUGCGGCUCAGCGUGUCUGCGCGAGCGGGUGUUGUGCCGUCCGUCAGAGCGCACUGCCGCUUCUCGUCGAGGAUCAGCACCACCGCUUCGACAGCUGCCGCAUCAUCCUCCGACUCGCCAAGCAGUUCUGACAGCAGCCACAACAGCAACAGCAGUAACGACUCUUUGUCCUCGUCGUUGUCGUCUUCAUCCAAGUCUUCGGGCUUCAAAGCCGACCCGCGCUUCCGUCCACCACCGCAGCCGCGCACACGCGGACAGGUCGCACGCACGCUCUUCUUGCUCGGCUGGAUCCCCGUCGCCGCCUUCAUCACCUCCCAUCUGUACAGUCUCGGCAACGUCACGGGUGGGUCCAUGUCUCCCACCUUCAACGGCCCGUACGCGGAGGCAUCUGCAGCCAACGCGCGCUCGGACGUCGUGCUGCUCAACCGGACGGUCAAGUACAAACACGACGAGCUGCGGCCCGGGGACAUUGUCACGUUGAUCUCACCGCUUGACCCACGCUUGUUGUUGACCAAACGCAUUAUCGCGCUAGCAGGGGACACGGUGCGUGUAUGGGUUCCGGGAAGCAGUGUAGCGGGGAGCAGCCGGGAUGGAGUGAAGGCGGGAAGGUGGACGAGGAUCAAAGUGCCCCCCGGCCACGUGUGGGUCGAAGGCGAUGCGGCCGUCGACAUUGUCCCCGGCAGUUUGGAACGUGCCGCCAACUCUGCAGCAACCUCGCCAUCGCUCCGGAACAAGAGCAGAGACAGCCGAGAGUUCGGACCGGUGCCUAUGGGCCUCAUCACCUCACGCAUCGAAAUGAUCCUCUGGCCUCCACAACGGUUCGGCGCGCCAGCGGCUCGGCCUUCGAUCCUCUCGCCUGCGCGACCGGCACAGUACCCGCCAUCGUCGACGGAAGACCGAUCGACACAAGUCAACCCGAGUCUAGCGCGCAUUCUGGACGAGAUGACGCAGAUGAGCCCCACGGCGAAGAGCAAGGCGCAUCCGGAGGAUUCGGUGAUCAGCCCGUAUAUAGAUUGGAACGAUCCCAACGCCAAGGGGCAAGAGGGGGAGGACGGAGAGGCGACACUGGGUAGCGAGAGGGGUACUGGCGAUGACGAGAGAAAAAGAAAGCAUGCGUGGAAUCAUCUUAGUCGAGGUGGCCGAUUGGGCGAUGAUGCCGAUUGA